GCCCCCUUCCGCACAAAGCCCGGGCUCUGAGUGGCCAGCGGAGGUGUCAAUUACGAUUCGGGUCAAACGAAAGGUUUACCAAGCAGGAUAGGUAGGAAACCCAAUGGUGCAGUUUGUCCAUUGCAUCAAAAGUGGCCAUUUCUUUCGUAUUUUAUACAAAGGUUCUGGAUUGGCAAGAUCAUCUGAGGGAGCAGGUGCAAAACUGAUUGCAAAUAGGCAAUUCUCAAAUAUUCCGUCGCCAUCUUUGUGGGUUGUUAACAACAUGGCUUCAGGACAGCAGCCAUCAUCCAAAUCUUCAUUCCAUCCUCAAACUUACCACAAUUUUUUGGUUUUGGACUUUGAAGCAACAUGUGAUGAACAACUGAUAAACCCACAGGAAAUUAUAGAAUUCCCAAUUCUCAAGUUACAUGGCAGGACACUGGAGAUCGAAUCUAUUUUUCAUACAUACGUUCAACCAGUUGUACAUCCAAAGCUGACACCUUUUUGUACAAAGCUCACAGGCAUUGAGCAGUCCAUGGUAGAAGGGAAACCGACAUUGCAAGAGGUCCUUCAGAUGGUUGAUGACUGGAUGAGGGAAAAAGGAUUGCUGGAUCCCAAAGUCAAUUCCAUAUUUGUAACGUGUGGAGAUUGGGAUUUGAAAACAAUGCUGCCAGGACAAUGCCAGUACUUGGGUCUGCCAGUCCCUGAUUACUUCAAGAAGUGGAUUAAUCUCAAAAAGGCAUAUAGCUUCGCCAUGGGAAAUUAUCCAAAGAAUGGACUGCCAUUCAUGAUCAAAGGGUUGAAUUUGCAACACAUUGGGAAACUACAUAGUGGAAUUGAUGACUGCAAGAACAUUGCCAACAUAAUGAAGGAACUAGCACGAAGGGGGUUCACUUUCAAGCAAACUGGAUCUAACCUCUAAAAAAAAACUUGGCUCGUUGCUUUGGAAAAGCCCAUGAAGAUAUCGGGAAAAGUUAUUCAAUCACAUAUAGCAUGUAAUCUGUUGUCAAAAGCAAAGCCUAGUUUCAUUAUACCAGAAUGAUCAAGUUUAAUUACAUUAAUAUUACACAAAGAUACUCAUUGCCUCAUAAGGUGUACAGUUCUGCCACUGAAAUAGUGUAAUAUACCAUUUUAUUUGAAAACUUAAUCUUAACCUUCACCAAACAAACAAGCUUAUUUUUCUAAAUUAUCAAUAAUCCUAAAAUAUCAAAAGGAAAACUAUUAUUUUUAACCACAUCUCAACUGUUUUUCCUUUAGAAUUGUGGUUUACGGGUUGCCUCAAAGUGCUCAAGCAUUGAACUCCUGAAGGGUUUUAUCCCACCUCUUACCAUCCCCUGGCAAUGUGCAGUUCUGUUGGAAACCCACCUAUAGAGAGAAUGAUGCUGGACAGAGGUCCAACUUCCAUUGUCCUUUGUGGUAAAAUUCAUAAUUGCAUUCACUGUGCAAAUGGAAAAUUCUUCAUGUUCCCCCAUUUGGAAUUGCACAUUUCCACUACAUACUUGCAUUUUCCUUUAUAAUUAAGGAUUGUAAGAGGAGUUCACUUUGAAAAUAAAAUGCUUCAAAGUAA